AUGUCUAAGUCAAUUGUCAAUUCCGUCCCUUACCCUUUCUCUUUCACACCGACCGUUGUCCAAAAACCCGGCAAUCUAGGUGUAACUGAAGAUGUCACCGCAACACUCAAGAACGUGCGCGGCAAGAUCCCAUCCGUGCAGGCAAGCCGCCUCCGCACGAUGAUGCUCGAGGCACACGCGGAUCCGAGCAAGAUCCUGGCCCAUUGCUGUUCUUAUGAUGGCCUCUCCUCUCGCCUCGUCGAGGAAGCCGGCUUCCCUAUGGUCUUUCUUGCAGGCUACACAGUUGCUAGCGCAUACGGCCUGCCGGACACGGGUUACAUCGCCAUGGCGGAGAUGUGCGACAAGAUCCAAGAAGCUGUCCGACAGGUGUCUGUCCCCGUUAUGGCUGACGGCGACACCGGGUACGGUAGUCCAUUAAAUGUGCGCAGGACAGUUGAGAGCUUCGCCCAUGCAGGCGCAGCUGGAAUCAUGAUUGAGGACCAGACGUGGCCGAAGAGGUGCGGCCACACAAAGGGAAAAUCCGUUGUAUCGAGGGGAGAGGCCUACGCCAGGAUCCAGGCCGCAUGCGACGCUAGGGAUAACGGCAAGGACAUCUUCAUCCUCGCAAGGACGGAUUCGCUGAUUCAUGGCUUGGACGAAGCCCUCACCCGGGCGAAGGAAUUUAAGAAGAUCGGCGUCGAUGCCGUCUUUAUCGAGGCGCUGCCUGAUAAGGAGGCUAUGCGCCAGUGCGUUGAGGAGCUCGGCAUUCCCACUUUUGCUAACAUUAUCGAAGGCGGGAAGACUGAGAACUUGUCAGCCAAGGAUCUCGCUGAGCUUGGUUUCUGCGCCGUUGCGUACCCGUGGACGCUGGUGGCUGCGAAGCUGAAGAGUAUUCGGGAGACGCUCGAGGGUCUGAAGAGGAGUAUGACGGUUGGCGCCCCCCCAAUGAUCUUGUCGUACAGCGAGGUCUGUGAAGGCGUUGGCUUCAAUAAGUACUGGGACCUCGAGGAGAAGUAUAAGUUUGAGGAGAACGGCUUGGUCAAUAGAAGGUCUGCCUAA